AUGUCUAACUCCAUGAGGGACCUCGUGAUGGGCGAGGCCUCCGAGGGCAGCUCGGACGAGGAGUCGUACGAUGACGAGACUGGCGAAGCUCGCGCACGAGAGCGCGCGCGCAAUGGCCACGUCGAUGACUCCAGCGAGGAGGAGGAAGACGACGAUGAUGAAGAGGAGGCGGCUAAGGUCCGCGAAGGUUUCAUCGUCGACGAGGAUGAGGAAGAAGACGACGCAGAAGACUCGACCGAGGCGCGAAAGCGCCGGAAGCGUAAGCGACGCCAGGAACGGGAGGAGGAGGCUCAGCUCGACGAGGAAGAUCUCGACCUGAUCGGAGAGACACUCGGAGAGCCACAGCAGCCGGAGAAGAAGAAGAUGAAACGGCUGCGCAUGGGCCACCGAGGCGAAGAGGACCGCGGAGCCGAUCGCCACGGCCUCGACGACAUGUUCUCCGAUGAGGAAGAAGUCGACGAGAGGGCUUACAGCCGUCCAAGCCGCCUCGGUCGCCUGGAUGACGAGAUGGGCGACUUUAUCGAAGACGACGACCCCCAGGAUGAAGAAGAGCGUAUCCGCCAGAUCGAAGAGGCUGAGGUGGCCCGGCCACGCGACCGGGGCCUCGCUGGAAGUAUUCUGGACCGCACUGGCCUUGACCAAGAAGUUGUCGACGACAUGGAAGCCAUCUUCGGUAACGGAGAGGACUACGACUGGGCUCUCCAACUAGAAGAGGAAGAGGAAGAGAGCAAGUACGAGGACACCAACAUAGAGCUCAAGGACGUCUUCGAACCGUCGCAGCUGCAAGAGAAACUGCUGACGGACGAGGACAACAUUAUUCGCAACACCGACGAACCCGAGCGCUUCCAGCUUGACCGAAAGCCCUUCAAAUCGUUGCAAAUCACGAGCGAGCAGUUCAAGGAGGAGGCCCAGUGGAUCACGAAGCUUAUCUGGCCCAAGAAAGGGUUGGACGACGACCUCAAAGGUCCAUUCCAAAAGGCCAUUGGCAAAGUUUUGGAGUACUUUGUUGUCGAGAUGCUUGAAGUUCCCUAUGUCUUUCAGCACCGGAAGGACUACUUGAUCCACGCCGAGAAAAGGCCUAAUCCCGAGCACGCGCAUGACCCAGAAGCUCCAGAAACCAUCGUUAGCGCCGAGAAGCUUCUUACGCAAGACGACUUAUGGAGGAUCUUGGAGCUCGACAUCAAGUUCCGUGCCUUUGUCGAGCGACGAAAUGGUCUCGAAAAGGCGCGGGAUAAUUUGAGAGAAGCUGCCGGCAUCCAGGAUGAGACCUUGGAUGCUCUCAUCCCCGAAGCGGAGAACAUGGAGGAGUUGCAAGACCUCCAGGACUACCUCAACUUCCAGUACUCCGCUCAGCUGAAAGACAUCGCUGCCAUAAAUGGAGUCUCCAAGGAGACGAAGCGCCCUGGCACCAAGACAUCGCUUUGGGAGCGGACUAGGAACAGCAAGGUGUAUCAGUUCGUCCAGGCUUAUGGCAUCACUCCCGAUCGUCUCGCUCAAAAUCUAUUAGCCCAGAAAGGCGAGAAGAAGGCUCCUGUGGACGAUGAUGACAAAGCUCCCUUGGACUUGGCAGAUUCCCUGACGGACGCUGAUGCCCUCACGGGUGAUUCUGUCAUCCAGCAAGCUCGUCAGAUGUUUGCCGAGGAGCUCUUUAUUAACCCCAGAAUGCGCAAGCUUUUCCGGACACACUUCUACCAGAAUGGCGAGUUCAGUUGUCACCGGACAGACAAGGGUCUUCGAAGGAUAGACGAGUCGCACCCGUACUACGAAAUCAAGUACCUAAUCAACCAAACUAUCCACGAUUUCGCGCCACGUCCAGAAAUAUUCCUCAAGAUGAUGCGGGCCGAGGAGGAAGGGCUCGUUGAAGUUCAGCUACGUCUUCAAAAUGAGCGCAGGUUCCGUGAACAAAUGGAUGCGGAGUUCAAGUCGGACAACUACAGCUCGGCCGCCGAUUCUUGGAACGAGGAGCGUCAGAAAGUGUUGGAUGCCGCAUUCUUCAAACUCGAAAAGCUCAUCGCCAGGGGCGUGAAGGAAACCAUCAGGACCGCCUGUCAAGAAGAGCUGCUGAAGGUAUGCCGGGAGGAAUACUCAUCCAGGUUGGACCAGGCACCCUACAAACCGAAAGGCAUGGUUCUGGGAACCACACCCCGGGUACUGGCUCUAUCGAAUGGCAUGGGCGACGCUGCGCGAGAUCCCAUAUUCUGGGCGUGGGUGGAGGAAGACGGCCGUGUUGUAGAGCAAGGCAGGUUCGGCAACCUUGCUCGUGAUGAGACCCAACGGGAUGCUUUUGUGGAGAUUGUGGAACGCAGAAAACCAGAUGUCAUCGCCAUCAGCGGUUUCUCUGCCGACACCCAGAGGCUCAUCCGCGACGUUCAGAGUCUUGUGGCUGACAAGGCCUUGAUGGGGCCCGACUUCGAAGACCCGGAAUCUGGCGACUACCGAACCGAACUGCUGGAUGUGAUUGUUGUCAACGAUGAGGUCGCCCGGCUGUACAAAGACAGCCCCCGCGCAAUCGCAGAACAUUCGAGCCUCCAUUCGGUCACACGGUACUGCGUAGGCCUUGCACGCUAUUUGCAAAACCCCAUGAAGGAGUAUGCUACACUGGGCAAGGACAUCGUGUCCCUCAUAUUCCAUCAGUGCCAGAACUUGCUGCCUCAAGACAAACUUCUCAAGUAUUUGGAAACGGCGAUGGUUGACAUGGUCAAUCUUUGUGGCGUGGACAUCAAUGAGGCUGUUGGGGAUUCAUACACCGCCAACCUACUGCCCUACGUCGCUGGUCUAGGGCCUCGCAAGGCCACGGCCGUUAUCAAGGCCAUCAACGUCAACGGAGGUGCCGUCAACUCUAGAGACGAGCUCGUUGGCGAUCCCGACAACAACAAGUUACAAGUUGUGGGCCCGAACGUCUGGAUGAACUGCGCCAGUUUCCUCUAUAUGGAAUAUGACCCAUCCAACUCAACCUCUGAGCCGCUCGACAACACUCGAGUACAUCCCGAGGAUUACGAGUUGGGCCGUAAAAUGGCUGCCGACGCUCUGGAGCUUGAUGAGGAAGACGUCAAGGCCGAGACUGACGAGAACGGGCCUGGUGCCAUUGUGCGCAAACUCUUCAAGGAGGAUGAACAGGACAAAGUAAACGAGCUCAUCCUUGAGGAGUACGCGGAGCAACUUGAAUCAAAGUACAGCCAGCGAAAGCGUGCUACGCUUGAAACGAUCCGCGCCGAAUUGCAAGCUCCGUACGAGGAACUACGAAGAGCGUUGAGCGCCGUUCCUACUGAGAAAAUAUUUACCAUGUUUACCGGAGAGACAAAGGACUCGCUGUCGGAAGGUAUGGUUGUCUCCGUAAAUGUGCGUAUGGUCAGGGAUGAGAUUGUCAUCGUAAAGCUUGACUGUGGCAUUGAAGGCCGCGUGGACGCCAUGGAAGUCAGCCAUCGCACCAACGUAUCAAUAAAGGAGAUCAUUCGCCCGGGUCAGACCGUACAGGCUAAGAUCCUCGAACUCAACCGCAAAGAAUUCAACGCGAAGUUGUCAUUGCGCGAAGACGCCGUGCGCCGUCCGUUGAGAAAACACUACGAUCACGACCCGGGUACAUGGGACUCCAAGCAAGAAGCCAAAGACAAGGAGGACCUCCGGGAGAAGGACAAGGUCACCGGCCGAGUUCAGAGGGUCAUCAAACACCCCAUGUUCAAGCCAUUCAGCGCUUUCGAGGCAGAGCAGUAUCUUGCCUCCCAGGCUACAGGCGAUGUAGUCAUCCGCCCGUCCUCCAAGGGUAAUGACCACCUUGCCGUCACCUGGAAGGUGGCCGAUGGUGUCUUCCAGCACAUCGAUGUCCUCGAACUCCAGAAGGACUCGGAGUUCUCUGUGGGUAAGGUGCUACGCGUAGGCGGCAAAUACACCUACUCUGAUCUCGAUGAACUCAUCGUUGAGCACGUCAAGGCCAUGGCCCGAAAAGUCGACCAGCUUGUCGGCCACGACAAGUUCCGGAAAGGUAGUCUCACAGAUAUUGAGAAGUGGCUGACAGCCUACACGGACGCCAACCCUAAGGCUGCCGUCUACACGAUCUGCAUCGACUCGAAGCACCCGGGAUACUUCACACUGGCCUUCAAGACCAAUAAGCAGUCCCAGAUCUUCAAGUGGCCGAUCAAGAUCAUGCCCAAUGCCUACGAGAUGCUGAAGAGUCCCUACCCAGAUAUGAGAGCCCUCACCAAUGGUUUCAAGCUCCGAUACCAGAGCGAGCUCAACAGAGCACAAACGGCACAGCAGAUGGCAAGGAGAUAG